AUGUAUUUACACACAUAAGUCAAACAUAACCUACAAUUCAAGGAAUUAGCCAAAAAAUGUUUUUGUUUACGUUUUAAUUUAUUUAAUUUAUAGAAAGUGGUUUUCUUAGUAAAACCCAAUUUUUUUACGAAAUAAGGGAAUUACCUUAUUAUAAGUAAUUGAAACUAAAAUGGUCAACGUUCCCACCGAUCAUGGACUCCAAGCUGACAUUAUAUUUGUAAUAGAAGGCACUGCUGUUAAUGGUGCUUACCUGAAUGAUCUUAAGACAAAUUAUCUCAUUCCAACAUUAGAAUACUUUAGUCAAGGAACAAUAGAAGAUCGAGAAUAUGUACCAGAGAACACUUCGACAUUGUACGGAGUUGUCGUCUAUCAUGCCGCGGAUUGUUUACCAUCUCCCUGUACGGGAACACUUGGUCCUUAUGCAAAUCCUCACAAACUUUUACUUGCCUUGGACAAAUUGGAAAUGGUGGGCGGAAUGGGUGAAUCGCAUGCAAAUAUAGCAGAGGGUUUAGCGACAGCAUUGCAAUGUUUUGAAGAUCUACAAGUGCGACGAGAACCAAACACUGCUGCCCAGAAACAUUGCAUCUUAGUCUGUAAUUCCCCUCCUUAUCUCACUGUUGUUCAAGAGUCCUAUAAAUUUGCAAAUCACACUAUCGAUCAACUGGCUCCUCUCCUUCAGGAUAGGAACAUCAAUCUCUCAAUUCUCUCGCCACGAAAAAUUCCUGCCUUAUUUAAACUAUUUGAAAAAGCUGGCGGUGAUUUGCAAUCGUCACAAACGAAGAAUUACGCGAAAGAUCCACGUCAUUUGGUUCUAUUGAGAAAUUAUAAUUUGAAAGAGCGACCAGUGAGUCCAAUUAGUGGUGCGGGUCAUGGAACGGCGCCGAGUGCAGCUCAAAUUCCAUUGAGUCCAUUGCAGAGUAAUGACAGUCCGAAUACAAAUCAAGCUGCGCAAAAUAUCGUGCAACCAUCGCAAAAUCAAAAUGCCGCUUUUCGAAAUCAAGCGCCGCAGAAUAUUGUCUCGGUACAUCAGCCGGGAGCGCCACCAAUGGCCGCACCAAUGAGCGCCGGAAGACCGAGUUUCAAUCCACAAAUUAAUGCACCUCCGAAUUAUCAUCCAUCGAGCAUGAGUGCAAGGGCGACACACAAUUGGCGAAUGAGACCACCUGGACCUCCAUUCAUUGCACCUAGUGCAGCACCUCCGGCUAGUACUCCAGGUAGUGCACUCUUGGCGCAACUCAAUCAGCCACCUUCCUUGGGUCUCAAUAUCUCUCCCUUCGGACAACGUAUGGAUGGCAACGCUGGUAAUGCAAUUGCAGCGAAUGCUCAACAACAACAACAGCAACAACAGCAGCAGCAGCAGCAGCAACUGUCACAACAACAAUUACGAAUGAUGAUGCAGCAGCAACAGCAGAAUCAACAGCAAAAUCAACAGACAACAAUGGGAAUGCAAGCUCAACAAGCGCAGAAUCAAACAGUUACACAACUCACAGUCGCUGCUGUGAGUCAACCUGCGCCAAAUCAAGGACCACACACAGUUCCUGCACCGCAAAAUCCUGGUUCACAAUCCACUGGCACCCCUCAAGUUCCUCAUUCUCAGGCUCAGGCCAAUGUUGGUAAUGUACAACCAAUGGUGAUGGGCACUGAACGUAGAAUUAUCUGGCAAGGUACUUUGGAGUGGAUCGAAAAGAACAAAAAUCCAAAUGACACGCAGAAGAUAAAUAAACAUGUGCCUUGUCAAGUGUCUAUUCAACCAAAGGAAGGAGAAAUGGAUUUGAAAACAGAUAAUUGGCCUUCAAAAUUACUAAUGCAACUAAUGCCAAAAAUGCUAUUGGGAACAAUUGGAAAUUCUUAUUUGAAAAAUUCAAGGUCUGUUAAUUUUUAUCCAACUCCCUGCGAAGCUCUUGAAUCUCUCAUUAAAGUAAUGUCUACUGGCUUCGCGGGAUGUGUUCAUUUUAAUACACAACCGGCUUGUGGAAUAAAAGUACUUUUACUUUUAUAUACAGUAGAUAAAAGAUCGUUUGUUGGUUUUAUUCCAAAUGAUCAAUCAGGUUUCGUUGAUCGACUACGAAAAGUCAUUCAACAGCAGAAGAACACACAAGCAUUACGUCAUCAGUCACAGACGGGUGCUCCGCCUGGUGCAAAUGCGAUGCAAGGUGGAAUGCCAACUAGUGGGAUUUCUCAGGGAGGAAUUCUCAUGUCACAAACGAACACAAUGGCAAUGGGAGGCGGUCAAAUUACGCAGAAUGUCGUUACAUCGAAUCCACAACAGAAUUUAGUCACUUCUACUGGACCACCAGGUCAAAUAAGUCUACAGAAUGCGAAUAUGGCUGGUGGACAGCAAGUUGGUGCUGGAGGAGGAAUGAUGGGCCAGCAGAGACCCCAAUUUGAUGAAUUGGGAAUGGCUAGGCAACAGAAUCUUUUAAAAAUACAACAACUUCGACAAACUCUCGAAGCAGCGCAACAACAGGAAGCUCAAUAUAAAUCUCAAUUAGAAAUCAAUAUUCAACAAAGUCUCGAUGUAUCGCAACAACAAGAAUUACAGUAUAAACAGCUCGAGCAAGCGCAAAGAGGACUUAAUCAGUCGGGUAUGGCUGGACAACAAGCAAACGCUCAACGCAUGAUGAGACCUGUAAUGACCAAUAGUCUUGGACUUCGGCACUUAUUGCAACAGCAACAACCACAAUAUCGACAAGUUGUUGGAAUGCAGCAGCAAAUGGUGGGUCCUAGAGGACAAAUGAAUGUGAGACCAAUGGAACCAGGAAAUCCUCAGGGUCAACAAUUUGACGAUGUUUCAAAUUACGAUUUUCUCGGUUAAAAGUUUAUUUAUUAAUAGCUUCCUUUUAUUUUAUUAUAAAAUAGGUUUUUAUCAAUUUAUAUACAGACAUUUAUAAUAAUGUAACACAUUAUAAACUUUAACAUUAACUACCAUAUGGGUUAUAAUCGACAAAAAUUAAUUUACCAAGCCUAUUGGACUAAAGUAUUUCUCUACUUUAAAUGUGUGUUUAAGAAAUUUUUGUUUUAUCAAUUGUUAAUAAUUUUAUGUAUUAGAUACGACAAAAAAAAAUGAGGCAUUUAUGCUAAUUAAAUUAAAAAAAAACUUUUUAUUGCAUUACA